CGGCCGGGGAAGCUGCGGGCGCCGCGCGCUCCCGGCCCGCCGUUCCCCAGCCUCAGCGUGCCCGCUCCGCCCUCCCCGGCGCACCCGGCUCUCGCUCUGGCUCCCCGCUGCUGCGAGGUCUCCGCACCUGGCGGCCAAGUUUAGUGGCAAUACCGUGAGUUGACAGACUCCUACUAAAUCGAAGACAAAAUAAAACCGUUCCCACCCACAAACCCAUCAGCUUGGCUAUGAUAUUUCACCAAACCAGGAGGAGCAUUCCAUUUACUGACAGGUGCACGGAAAGAAUCGUGCCAUCCCACCAGAGUCUGUUUGACUUCAACGCAUUGUCAUUUAGUUGAAUGGGGACGGAGCGUUUUUUCCUCAGAGGGACUCAAUUAUGGCCAAAAAGAAGUGACUAUAGUGCCUGAAAGACUGAGAUUUGGAAAACAGUGUCCCAAAGGAAGAAGAUUCCAGAAAGAAAUUGGAAAUUGAAGAUUUAAGGAGAAAAUAUUGUUUUAAAAUAUUCUCACUUCAAAGAACACAUGCCAGAAACUUGAAAAGGGGCUGCACUGAGAGGCUGGCCCUGGAUCCUGAUUGCCCUUCUGCCAGGAAGACACAUGCAGCCAAAGAUGAAUCUGGGAAAAGCAGCCGCUUGCUCCCUUAACCAUGGAAAAGCAGGCCCACAGUGAGAUGGAAAUAAUCCCGUCAGAGUCUCACUCCUACAUUAAAUUGUUGAAAGUCAACCGGGAGCCCCUGGUCGCUCACAUCCGCAACACUCAGUGUCUGCUGGACAACUUGCUGCAGAAUGACUACUUCUCCGCCGAAGACGUGGAGAUCGUGUGCGCCUGCCCUACGAAGCCUGACAAGGUCCGCAAAAUUCUGGACCUGGUGCAGAGCAAGGGCGAGGAGGUGUCCGAGUUCUUCCUCUACGUGCUCCAACAACUCACAGAUGCUUACGUGGACCUCAGGCCUUGGCUGUUGGAGAUCGGCUUCUCCCCUUCCCAGCUGAUUCAGAGCAAAGCUGUUGUCAACACUGAUCCAGUGAGCAGAUACACCGAGAAGCUGCGACAGCAACUGGGCCGGGACUCCAAGUUCAUCCUGUGCUACGCCCAGAAGGAGGAGCUGCUGCUGGAGGAGAUGUACACGGACACCAUCAUGGAGCUGGUCAACUUCGGCAACGAAAGUCUGGGCAGCCUGGGCAGCCUGGCCUGCCUCCUGGACCCCUCCUCAGGCGUCCUCAAUGAGCAGGGCGAGACCAUCUUCAUCUUUGGCGAUGCGGGCGUAGGCAAGUCCAUGCUGCUGCAGCGGCUGCAGAGCCUCUGGGCCGCGGGCCAGCUGGACGCUGGGCUCAAGUUCUUCUUCCACUUCCGCUGCCGCACGUUCAGCUGCUUCAAGGAGAACGCUGCGCUGUGUCUGCAGGACCUGCUCUUCAAGCACUACUGCUACCCGGAGCAGGACCCGGAGGAGGUGUUCGCCUUCCUAUUGCGCUUUCCGCACACGGCCCUCUUCACCUUCGACGGCCUGGACGAGCUCCACUCGGACUUCGACCUGAGCUGCGAGCCGGACACCUCCUCCCCCUGGGAGCCUGCCCACCCCCUGGUCCUGCUGGCCAACCUGCUAAAUGGAAAGCUGCUCAAGGGCGCGCGCAAGCUGCUCACAGCCCGCACCGGCAUCGAGAUCCCGCGGCAUCUCCUCUGGAAGAAGGUGCUCCUGCGCGGUUUCUCCCCCAGCCACCUGCGCGCCUACACCGGGAGGAUGUUCCCCGAGCGCACCGUGCGCCAGCGCCUGCUGGACCAGCUGGAAGCCAACCCCAACCUCUGCAGCCUGUGUGCCGUGCCCCUCUUCUGCUGGAUCAUCUUCCGGUGUUUCCAGCACUUCCACGACGCCUUCGACAGCUCCCCGCAGCUGUGCGACCGCACAGUGACACUGACUGACGUCUUCCUGCUGGUCACGGAGGUCCACCUGAACAGGACGCAGCCCACCAGCCUGGUGCAGCGGAACACGCGGAGCCAGACAGAGACUUUCCGCGCCUGCCGGGACACGCUGCGCUCGCUGGGCGGGGUGGCUCACUGGGGCAUGGAGAAGAGCGUCUUCGUCUUCCACCAGGAGGAGAUGCAGGCGUCCGAGGUGCAGGAGGGGGACCUGCAGCUGGGCUUCCUGCGGGCCAUGCCAGAGCUGGGCCUCGGAGGGGACCAGCAGUCCUAUGAGUUUUUCCACCUCACCCUCCAGGCCUUCUUUGCUGCCCUUUUCCUAGUGGUGGACGACAAGGUGGGCACUCGGGAGCUGCUCAGGUUCUUCCAGGAGUGGACUCCUCCCGGGGAGGCAGCAGCUGCCUCCUGCUAUCCCUCCUUCCUCCCCGUCCAGUGCCUGGGGGGCCACGGCCUGGCAGGGGAAGACCCCUUCAAGAACAAGGAUCACUUUCAUUUCACCAACCUCUUCCUGUGCGGGCUGUUGUCCAAAGGCAAACAGAAACUCCUGCGGCACCUGGUGCCCGCCGCAGCCCUGCGGAGAAAGCGCAAGGCCCUGUGGGCUUACCUAUUCGCCAGCCUGCGCUCCCACCUGAAGAACCUGCCCCGAGUUCAGUCUGGGGGCUUCAACCAGGUGCAGGCCUUGCCCACCUUCAUCUGGAUGCUGCGCUGCAUCUACGAGACGCAGAGCGAGAAGGUGGGGCAGCUGGCGGCCAGGGGCAUCUGCGCCAACUACCUCAAGCUGACCUUCUGCAAUGUCUGCUCGGCCGACUGCAGCGCCCUCUCCUUCGUCCUGCACCACUUCCGCAAGCGGCUCGCGCUCGAACUGGACAACAACAAUCUCAACGACUACGGUGUGCGGGAACUGCAGCCCUGCUUCAGCCGCCUCACCGUCAUCAGACUCAGUGUGAACCAGAUCACUGACAGUGGGGUGAAGGUGCUAUAUGAAGAGCUGACCAAAUACAAAAUUCUGACAUUUUUAGGCUUAUACAACAACCAAAUCACUGAUGUCGGAGCCAGGUACAUCGCCAGAAUCCUGGAUGAGUGCAAAGGCCUCACACAUCUGAAGCUGGGAAAAAACAAAAUAACGAGCGAGGGAGGAAAGUGUCUCGCCCUGGCUGUGAAGAACAGCAAGUCCAUCUUUGAAGUUGGGAUGUGGGGCAAUCACAUCGGUGAUGAAGGAGCAAAGGCCUUUGCAGAGGCUCUGAGGAACCACCCCAGCCUGACCAACCUGAGUCUCGCAUUCAACGGCAUCUCUACAGAAGGAGGAAAGAGCCUCGCGUGGGCCCUGCAGCGUAAUGCGUCUCUGAGAAUAUUCUGGCUAACCAAAAAUGAACUUGAUGACGAAGGGGCAGAGAGCUUGGCAGAGAUGUUGAAAGUCAACCAGACAUUGAAACAUUUAUGGCUUAUCCAGAACCAGAUCACAGCCAAGGGGAUUGCCCAGCUGGCAGAUGCAUUACAGAAGAACACUGGCAUAAUGGAGAUUUGCUUAAAUGGAAACUUGAUAAAGCCAGAGGAGGCCAAAGUCUUUGAAGAUGAGAAACGGAUUGUCUGUUUCUGAGGGGAUGUUUUCCUGUGGGUGGGUCUUAGCCCUGGGGGUGACUCUGUGCAGUCGCCUGUCUUGGAUGUCUGAAACAUCCAGGGUCUGCUGAGGUGGAACUUCCAGGAGUCCUGCCUUCAUGGUGCAAAUCAAGCUCUGUGCGGGCACUCUCAUUGGGAGAGUCCCUGAGUUGUUGUUACAAUUCUGCUGGAAAAGUAUGAGCCAUUUUAGUGACUGUAAACAUACUAUGAAGAGAAGAUAAUGCACAGCCAUGAUUAUUUUAGUUUGAAAUUAGAGGAGUGAGACUUUGAGCUCACACACACGCCUGCCCAAAGACCAGGGAGAGUGAGUUGGGCACUGCCAUGUUCACUGAAGUGUUGAGGACAUGGUGCAGAGUUGGUGCCAUGUUUCUUGGGGAAAAGGUGCUCAAUGAACAGAAGUGUUUUACCUGAAACGUUCUCUUCCUCCUCAGUACCUCCCCACGUGUUGAUAUUAUUCCCACUUCAUAGCUGUAGACACUGAGGGGGGUGCAGUGUGGGGAUUCAUCCAAGGUUCUGUAGGGACUUCGUGCCAAAGGAAGGACCCACCAUGGACUUAUUGUCUUAGUCCUGGACUCGCCCGUCUGCCAACAAAGAUCACAGGAUGCCCUCUUAGCCAGUCUGAGGGACAGAAUGAUGCCUUCAUGAUGCUGAGGCUCCACUCAGGGCUUUCGUGGACCAGGCUGACCUCCAGAAGACUGAUGCUGUGGGCAGAGGCGCUCUGUCCCAGGAAGAAGAAUCAGUGCCGUCCUCCAAAAGGAAAGAAGGCCUGGCUUGCCCAUGGAGCCCUGGCAUCCAAACAGGAGCUUCUCUCUCUCUUGCCCUUUUGACAAAGGGAAGUCUCUUCCUGCCCCUGAGCAGUUUGAGGGUGACUGAGUUGGAUGCAAGACUCAGAGCCGCUGAGAACCUGUCUAGCAAAGCAUGUUAGACCCCUGCCUUUGGGGGGGGGGGGAGGGCACGUGGUGGAUGCUAAGUGGGGGAAGGGGCGUAUUACCAGAUAAGUUGUUCUUUUGCCAAUUCAUUUGUUAGUAAAAUACUGAAAACACCCAUUAUUUCUAAUUA